GCGAGGAAGGGAGGUGGUGGUGGCGCGGGGGAUCACUGCCUCACUGUUCUUGUGGCCAUCGGGUUCUUCCUGCUCUACCUUCGCCAGAAACUGUGUUGGCGUGUGUGAGUCUGUGCCCAUUGCGCUUCAGAGGUGAGGUGAAUCGUGAUUAGAGGGAAGUAACUGGGGGCUGUGAAGGUUGUACUUGCAUAUUUGCAGGGGAGGAAGGGAAGCGAGGGAUCGCAAGCGUGUCGUUUAAUCACUCUUGCUGACUCUUGCUGAUGGGUGAGGAGAUGUGAGUUCGACUCAGAGGAUAAACAGGGCUGGCGAUCUGCCUCGGCUGAUCGAUCGAUCGGUUAGUUGGGAAGUUGAGGCCCGUGGCUUGGCCCGGGAAUUCCUUACUAAGGCUGAACUUGGUCGCUGAACAGAAAAUUGGGCCAGUGUCCUCUCACGCAGAAGAGGCGGGUCGUCGGCGGGUCUUUUUUGCAAAGAGGCAGCUUCGCCCCGGGGGUGGAGGGGGAGUUGGAGUUGCCGGCCUGCUCCUCGAGAAGCUGGGUGGUGAGCGUCUACACAUCCUUCUCUUCGGUCACGGUGGGAAGGCGAGAUUCUGUGUCUCCUGCUGGUUUUCAUUGUUCCGUUCGUGUUUCUUUCCUGCUGUUUGUUUUCUUCUUUCGACUGUGUUUGUGUUUUUCUUCCUCCUGAGCGGUUCUCUUUUUCUGUCUGGAAGAUGAAGGCGCGUUGAAGAGAGGUGGUAGAGAACACAUAUCUGGCCGUUAUACAGCGACAUUCCAGGUAGGAGGAGCAAGUGACGGCCUUCAGUAAGUUAGGUUAAGAUACUGGUGAGUGGGUUUGAGUAGGAUGGGGCGGGACAAGGGGGGGAAGGCCCAGCCGCGGCGGCUAUGGUUGCUCGCCUUGUUGGGCGUUGUUGGCCUUGCCGCAUGUGCGUGUCUGACGCGCGUUGCCGUAGCGGCGGAGGAAGAGAGGAGGGAGGAUGUGGGCGUCGAGGGUGAGGCGUCCGAGGCGGUGGCAUCGCCUCCUAAUAAGGUGGAGCUUCCGUCUGAAGGAUUCGAGUUCCUGGAAGUGUUCGACACCCCUUGGGAAGACCGAUGGGUCGUUUCCACUCAGCCGGGCUACGAGGGGGUGUUUAAACACGCGCCGUCCGAAGGAAGCGAAGAUUACGGCCUCUUGCUCAGCGAAAAGGCGCGGAAGUACGGGAUUGCGCGGGAAUUGCCCAAGGCAGUUGAGCCCAAGGGUAAGACGACCGUCUUGCAGUACGAUGUGCGGUUUCAGAAUGGGCUGGACUGCGGCGGCGCGUACUUGAAGUACUUGCUGCCUCAAGACUUGACCAGUCCGAGCAAGCUGAAGGACGACACGGGCUACUCGGUCAUGUUCGGUCCGGACAAGUGCGGAGGGACGAACAAGGUGCACUUCAUCUUCCGUCUCAAGAAUCCGAAGACCGAUAAGUAUGUGGAGCAUCAUUUGAAAUCUCCUCCUACGGUGCCUGGUGACAAGAAGAGUCACGUGUACUCUGCCAUCCUCAACUCCGCGACCAAUACCCUAGAGGUCCUGAUCGACGGCGAGGUGAAGAAGACGGCCAAUCUUCUGGAGGACUUUGAGCCGGCUGUCAAUCCCCCGAAGGAAAUCGACGAUCCGAACGACAAGAAGCCUGCUGAUUGGGUAGAGAACGCGAAGAUUGCCGACCCUGAAGCCACGAAGCCGGACGAUUGGGACGAAGAUGCGCCGAUGGAGCUGGUCGAUGAAGACGCAGUCAUGCCAGAGGGAUGGCUGGUAGACGAGCCCAAGAUGAUCGACGAUCCUGAGGCGAGCAAACCCGACGUCUGGGAUGAGGAUGAGGAUGGAGAGUGGGAGCCGCCCAAGGUGCCAAACCCUAAAUGCGAAGAAGCGCCCGGAUGCGGCGACUGGGUGCGACCGAUGAAGAGGAACCCGGCGUACAAGGGCAAGUGGAGUGCUCCUCUCAUUGACAACCCGGCCUACAAGGGUCCGUGGAAGCCUAGACGGAUCGCUAACCCUGAUUACUUUGAGGUUACCUCACCGGAGAUUGAACCCAUCGCCGCCGUCGGAAUCGAGGUGUGGACGAUGUCCGAUGGCAUCUUGUUUGACAAUAUCAUGAUCGGGCACGACGUCGAUGUCGCGAAGGAGAUCAGAGAGAAGACAUGGAAUGUGAAGCACCUGAAGGAGAAGGAGGCAGAAGGCAGCAAGCCUAAGGACGGAGGGGAUGGCGAGGCGGUUGCCAGUUUGAGGACAACGAUAGUGAAGAAGAUAAGGGCUGUGGUUGAGAGCAAUGUCCCGGAGAAAUUCGCGGCGCAGGCAGAUUCCGCGUUGGAGUUCAUCGAAGACAGCCUUGUGGCGCAAGUGGUGCUGGUUCUAGUCGUGCCUUUGUUGGUUAUGCUUGUGGUGAUGCGCUGUGUGUUCGGUGGAGGCGCAGCGAAGGCGGUAGCAACGACACUGGAAGGCGAGGAAGAAGAUGUGGCCGUUAUCAAGAAGAAGGACAUAGCGACCAAGGAUGACGUGGCAGAAGGCGAGCAAGAAGGCGAGGAGGGAAAGGCACGGACAGAGGCGGGCGAGGUGGAGGCGGCUGAGGGUGAUAACGCUGCUGUGUCGGAUGGAGGGGAGGGAAUCAAAGAACAAGACGGGGACUCUGCGACGGAGGCUCCCGAGAGGAGGACUCUUCCUCAACGUCGGUCGCGGCGUGCAUAGUGAUCCUUGUCAUUGAGAAAUACUGAUGGAAGAGUAUGAUGCUUGGGCGCUUCCAUUUUAUCGCUUGUUUCUUCUGUCCUUACGCUGUGCCGUUGCUUGCGUGCUAUUAUGCGCCUCUCUGUGUAUGCGUCUCUGCCCGCGCGUACGUCUGCUGUUCUCUGUGUGCGUGUGUGUGUGUGUGUGUGUGUGUGUGUGUUCUGCAUUAGGAGGUGGAAGGACGAUGUCGGGUGAGUGUUUGAGCAUGUGUAGCUCGCCAAUACUCUGUAGGUAAGUCGGGGAAGACGAGGACGAAGGAAGGAAUUUUGCGCUUGUGUGUUCUUGGCUCUGCUGGAUUGGUGGACGUUAAUUUCUUGUCCCUGCUUUUGAGGCAGAGCAAUCUUUUCUUAGGAGUCAAUCGAAAUAGUAAGCGGCAUCUCUGUGCUGUCAUAGGUUUGGGACGGAAGUUCGUUGGCGACAAGUCGCUUUAUCAUGUGAAUCGCCGUCGAAGGUCGGACGAUGAGUGCCCUGUUGCUAGGGCUCGUGUAGUUUCUGUUUCUAUUACUGAAGGUGGUGCCUCUCUCGCUUUCGCUCCUGUGUGUGCAUGGUUAUUUGGAGAGGGACAUCUCUGUGCAUGAUUCGUCAUUACUGGUGUCAUCGGUUUAGGUAGAGAUGGGGAGGAGAUGAAUUCGUCUCGUGUUCUCUAAGUAACGAGAGGAGGAUAGAGCGUCCUGUCGAAGACUGGUAAGAAUGGUGAAGUUGUGCUUUUACCUUUCUGUCUAGCUGUGUGUUUGUGUUUGUGUAUGUGCACGAGAGAGAGAGAGAGAGAGAGAGAGAGAGAGAGAGAGAGAGAGAGAGAGAGAGAGAGAGAGAACCAUUACCAUUAAUCGGACGAAAAUUUUUUUGACCUAAAUUGUGUCUCAUGUCUGUAAGUCUGUCUCAUAUCUGUAAUGUCGGCGAGGCAUUCUCUGUAGGGUGCAAGUACUUCUCUUUCCGUUCUUUGUUCGACUAUGCUAGGCAUUCUCUGUAGGGUGCAAGUACUUCUCUUUCCGUUCUUUGUUCGACUAUGCUCCUCAGUCCGGUCUUUGUUCGAGUAUAGUUUGCCCAUGAUGCGUUCGUGAUGGGAGUGUUUUUUAGUCAAUUGUUUCUCAGAAACUGCGUCUGCCUGUCGUGUUCCCGAUGUGAGCGCAAUGGGGAACUGCAAUUUGUAAUGGAGGCUUCGUCUCUCGUGUUAUUUGCGUCUGUAGGGUGCAAGUACUUCUCUUUCCGUUCUUUGUUCGACUAUGUUACUCAGUCCGGUCUUUGUUCGAGUAUAAUUUGCCCAUGAUGCGUUCGUGAUGGGAGUGUUUUUUAGUCAAUUGUUUCUCAGAAACUGCGUCUGGCUGUCGUGUUCCUGAUGUGAGCGCAAUGGGGAACUGCAAUUUGUAAUGGAGGCUUCGUCUCUCGUGUUAUUUGCGUCUUGACAAUGCUACCAGCGUGUUUUAUGCGCAGGAUGGCUAAUCAUGCAGGCCAGAGUGAUCGCUGCAACGCAUGGGAGAAUGGUCGUUCGAGA